AUGAAUCGGGCAGAUGCGUUCACCUUGGUAGAGAAGAAGCUGGGAACUCUGGAUAAGCAGGAUGACAUCAAGACUGCAGAAUCGCUCGUCAAGACACUCGAAUACAUGCCGUUAGCAAUCGUCCAAGCGACAGCCUACAUCGCGCACAGAGCUCCGCGUUGUUCUAUGCAACAAUAUGUCGACAAGUUUACACAGAGCGACCAGAAGAAAGCAACUCUUCUUGACUACGAAGCCGGGCAAUUACGGCGGGACCGAGAGGCCAAAAACUCGAUUAUUAUCACGUGGCAAAUCUCAUUCGACCACAUCCGUCAAACCACACCAUCGGCAGCCGACCUGCUUUCGCUCAUGAGUUUCUAUGAUCGCCAAGGUAUUCCUGAGAGCCUCCUACAGAGUCCGGACAAGAAGGAAGGCCCCACGAGUAUACCAAACCGACACCAACGGAGCCCUGCUUUGCACGGUUGGGCCAGCGACCAAGAACCAAGCGACGAAGACGUCGAAUCGGAUUCUAGCAUGGAUAAUCAGUUCGAAAAGGAUGUCUCGACUUUGCGCGAUUACUCGUUCAUCUCUAUAGUUAAGGACGGAAAGACAUUUGAAAUGCACAACUUGGUCCAGCUGGCUACGAGACAAUGGCUUGAAGCCGAGGGACGGCAGGAACAGUGGAAGUCUCAGUUUAUCCGUCGCCUCGACGCCCGGCUCCCGACCGGAGCAUAUGAGAACUGGGCAAUAUGCCGGGCGCUUCUGCCGCACGCCGUAUCGGCGAAAGCGCAGCGGCCAAAAGACAGAGUGUUAUUAAAGGCAUGGACUUCGAUCCUUUAUAAAGCUGCAUGGUAUUUUGAAAUAACAGGCCAGGGGCCUGAGACGCAAAUCAUGGCGGAGGAUGCAAUGAAGUACAGAAUAAAGAUAUUUGGAAGGACGCACGAGGAAAGUCUUGCUGCCAUCGAGAUGGUAGGCCAAGUGUCGGAGAAGCUGUUUAUGGAAGUGAUGGAGACUCGCAAGCAGAAACUCGGGCCGGAUCAUCCUUUGACGUUAAUCAGCAUGGGCAGCCUGGCGUGGACGUACAGGAAUCAAGGCCGAUGGGAGGAGGCGGAAAAGCUGGGGGUGGAAGUGAUGGAAAUGAGCAAGCAGAAACUCGGGCCGGGUCAUCCUUCCAUGUUAGGUAGCAUGAACAACCUGGCGUCGACGUACAGGAACCAAGGCCGAUGGAAGGAGGCGGAAAAGCUGUUUAUGGAAGUGAUGGAGAUGAGCAAGCAGAAACUCGGGCCGGAUCAUCCAGACACGCUAGGUAGCAUGAACAACCUGGCGUCGACGCUUUGGAACCAAGGCCGUUUGGAGGAGGCAGAGAAGCUGGAGGUGGAAGUGAUAGAGACUCGCAAGCUGAAACUCGGGCCGGAUCAUCCAGACACGCUAGGUAGCAUGAACAACCUGGCGUUGACGUACGGGCAUCAAGGCCGAUGGGAGGAGGCAGAGAAGCUGUUUAUGGAAGCGAUGGAGAUAAGCAAGCAGAAACUCGGGCCGGAUCAUCCUUUGACGUUAAUCAGCAUGAACAACCUGGCGUCGACGUACAGUGUUCAAGGCCGAUGGAAAGAGGCGGAUAAGCUGAAGCUGGAAGUGAUAGAGAUAAGCAAGCAGAAACUCGGGCCGGAUCAUCCAAACACACUGACCAGCAUGGCCAACCUGGCGUUGAUGUACAGCAAUCAAGGCCGAUGGGAGGAGGCGGAGAAGCUGGAGGUGGAAGUGAUAGAGACUCGCAAGCUGAAACUCGGGCCGGAUCAUCCAGACACGCUGACCAGCAUGGCCAACCUGGCGUCGACGUACAGGAAUCAAGGCCGAUGGGAGGAGGCGGGAAAGCUAGAGGUGGAAGUGAUGGAGACUCGCAAGCAGAAACUCAGGCCGGAUCAUCCAAACACACUGACCAGCAUGGCCAACCUGGCGUUGACGUACAGGAAUCAAGGCCGAUGGGAGGAGGCGGAAAAGCUGGAGGUGGAAAUGAUGGAAAUGAGCAAGCAGAAACUCGGGCCGGAUCAUCCAAACACGCUGACCAGCAUGGCCAACCUGGCGUCGACGUACAGUUUUCAAGGCCGAUGGGAGGAGGCGGAGAAGCUGUUUAUGGAAGUGAUAGAGACUUGCAAGCAGAAACUCGGGCCGGAUCAUCCUUCCAUGUUAGGUAGCAUGAAUAACCUGGCGUCGAUGUACAGUGUUCAAGGCCGGUAG